AUGGCAAGCCUUCAAAUUCUUUCUCUUUUACUUUUUUUGGCCAAAUGUUAUUACUCCAAAGAAGAAGAUUUAGUCCAGUGUCUUUCUAAAUACUCUGAAACCAACGUUACACAAAACAUUUACACCCUAAAUUCUCCAACUUAUUCGUCUGUCCUGGAAUAUGCUCAGAAAAAUCCGAGAUGGAUGAAUUCAUCACAUCCUAUUUUCAUAGUCUCCCCUACAAAAGAAUCAGAUAUCAAGCCGGUUAUUCUCUGUGCAAAAAUAUUAGGAUUGCAAAUUAAAAUAAAAAGUGGUGGCCAUGACUAUGAAGGCAUAUCUUUUCGCUCUGAAACCCCGUUUGUUAUGCUUGAUUUAAGCAAUCUUGACAAAAUCGAGAUUGAUUUAAAAGAAGGAACAGUUUGGGCUCAAGCAGGGGAGACUCUCGGCCAGCUUUACUAUGCAAUUGCCAAGAAAAGUAAAGUUCAUGCAUUUCCAGGCGGUGUCUGCUUUACUGUUGGCACUGGUGGAAUCAUCAGUGGUGAUGGGCUCGGUUCAUUGAUGAGGAAAUUUGGCUUAGCAUCUGAUAACGUUGUAGAUGCUCACGUAAUGGAUGUAAAUGGAAAUAUUCUUGAUAGGAAGAAAAUGAAAGAAGAUUUGUUUUGGGCAAUAAGAGGAGGUGGAGGAGCAAGUUUUGGUGUUAUUUUAGCAUGGAAACUCAAACUUGUUCGUGUUCCGGACAAGGUUACUGUUUUCACUGUUUACAAGAAGUUAGACAGUAACCAAAAUCUACUCCAAAAAUGGCAAAACACAUCACAUCAACUACCUGAUGGUUUGUUCAUCAGAACAGUUAUCCAAAAUGAUGGAACAGGGAAUGACCAGUAUGUUUUAAUGUUUUUUCAAGCACUAUAUCUCGGACCUGUUGAUGAGUUAAUUCCAUUGCUCAAAGAAAAAUUCCCUGAAUUUGAUUUGGAGAAAAAAGAUUGCUUCCAAGAGCCUGUUGUGGAUUGUAGUAACAUGCCCCCA